AUGAUUGCCAGUGACAUUGAACCUAGCCCCGAUGAUGCUGUGACACUGUCGGGCAAUGCUACAUCGCGGCCAUCUUCCCCUGCAAAUAAGCAUGCUAUAUCCGUGAGUAUGGCAGAUGUCGAUAAAGGGCCGACCUUACCCAGUAGCGGUGAGGUCGGAUCUCAAUAUCACGAUCGUCCCCUAUCAGGCGGAGAGCCCAUGGAUUCAAACAAGGUCGACUGGGAUGGACCGGACGAUCCAAUGAACCCUUACAAUUGGCCGACGACCAAGAAAGUCGGCAUCGUGGUAGGAAUAGCGCUGAUUACUUUCUUAACGCCCCUGGGAUCCUCCAUCUUUGCCCCUGGGACUGCGGAGGUCAUGACCGAGUUCAAAACGAAUAACCUGGAACUUGCUUCCUUCGUCAUGUCUGUCUAUCUGCUAGGUUAUGCAUUUGGCCCGCUAAUUAUUGCCCCUCUCUCCGAACUGUAUGGGCGCAUGUAUCUAUAUCAUGCCUGCAAUGUUCUUUUUAUUGUCUUCAACGUUGCUUGCGCUGUUGCCCCGAGAUUAGAUUCACUUAUCGUCUUUCGGUUUUUCGCCGGCGCGGCAGGUAGCUGCCCCUUAACAAUCGGUGCAGCUUCACUAGCGGAUAUGAUUAAACAAGAAAAGAGAGGAGCCGCCAUGGGUGCUUGGGCUCUUGGACCGCUAAUCGGUCCUGUUGCGGGCCCAAUUGCGGGAGGAUACUUGACUGAGUCGAUGGGGUGGCGGUGGACAUUCUGGAUUCUUGCUAUAGCUUCCGGUGCUGUCGCCGUCAACACCUUUGUCUUUAUGAGUGAAUCGUGUCACUCCAUUCUGUUGGAACAGAAAAGGAAGCGACUCGUCAAAGAAACUGGCAACCAAAAUCUCAAAUCCGUCCUUGACACAGGUAAAACGUCCAAAGAACUAUUCCUCUUCGCCAUUGUUCGGCCAACCAAAAUGCUGUUCCUGUCUCCUAUUGUGUUCCUACUAUCUCUCUACAUGGCUCUCGUCUACGGCUAUCUUUACCUACUUUUCACAACCUUCUCGAGUGUGUUUGUAGGGCAAUACAAUUUCUCUACAGGUAUCGCCGGACUUGCAUUCUUAGGGAUUGGUGUGGGGUCACUCAUAGGCCUCGCCUUCAGCUCAGCAUUGUCAGAUCGCAUCCUUCAAAACCUCGCGAAAAAGAAUAACGGCGAAAUGAAGCCCGAGUACAGAGUCCCACUUAUGAUUCCAGGAGGCCUCUGCGUCCCAAUCGGAUUAUUCUGGUACGGCUGGACGGCCGAGAAGGGCAUGCACUAUGUCGUACCGAUCUUUGGCACUAGUUUUUUGGGUAUUGGUAUGAUCAUGGUAUUUAUGACCGGAUCAACGUAUCUUGUCGACGCUUUCACCGUACAUGCUGCCAGCGCCAUGGCUGCCACCACUGUCUUCCGCUCCCUAGGAGGUGCACUGCUGCCCCUCUGUGGCUUGAAAAUGUACAGCUCCUUGGGCCUUGGUUGGGGCAACUCUCUGCUGGGAUUCAUUGCGCUGGCAAUGACGCCGAUUCCUUGGGCCUUCUACCGGUAUGGGGAAAGAGUGAGAACGAGCAAAAGAUUCCGUGUGAACUUUUAG